AUGAAAGGAGGACUCAUCUCUAUUAAUAAACCGUCUGGUAAAUCUUCAGCUCAAUGUUUGAAUGAAAUUAAGGCAAUUAUUUCUAAGAGCGAAUUGGCAAAGUUUUUUCAGUCGGACCCUCCCCAUCCUAAUGAUAAAAAUAGCAAGCGCAAGAAAUGGAAGCGCAAUGACAUUAAAAUUGGUCAUGGUGGUACACUGGAUCCUUUGGCAUCAGGAGUUUUGGUUGUUGGUCUAGGAAUUGGAACAAAACAGUUACCGCAAUUAUUGUCUUGCGUAAAAAAAUAUAAAGCCACCUGCUUAUUUGGAUGCUCCACGAAUACCUAUGAUUCCUCUGGAAAAAUCAUCCGUGUUGCUUCAAAAAUCCCUAGCAAAGAAGAGAUUGCAGAUGGCUUAGCAGCAUUUCGUGGUGAUAUUCUUCAGAUUCCUCCAUUGUAUUCCGCUUUGCAUAUACAAGGAAAACGCCUUUAUGAAUAUGCCCGAGAAGGAUUACCCCUUCCAGAAAAUGUAAAACCUCGUCCCAUGAAAUGUGAUCACCUUGAACUUGUGGAAUUUCACGAAAAAGGACAGCAUAAUUAUAACGAUCCUGAUGUUUUUGCAAGCAAAGAAGAAAUCAAGUCGGAAGAACUCCUACGCCCGGUUUCCGAUAAAGAAAAGAAGGAGGUUGAUAGUAAUUCAGAGGUUACUGAAAAACAUAACUCUCCUCAAGAAACGACAGAUGAUUCUCAGAAAUCCCAUGUUGAAGAAGAUUCGGCUGUCAAAACUGCUUCUGGCGAAAGUAUUACCAAAACAGAAGAUAAUGGUGGAACAGACAAAAAUGAACCAAAGCCUAAAAAAAGAAAAUUAGAGGUAACUGAUUUGGAACGUGGAUCACGUCCUGCAAUUGGUCCUUCUGCGGUUUUGGAUAUGAGUGUUUCUUCAGGAUUUUAUGUGAGAUCUGUUAUACAUGACCUUGCCCAUCAUAUUGGAAGUGAAGCCCAUAUGGUGGAUUUAGUUCGUACUCAGCAGGGUGAUUUCUUUUUGGGCGGGGAGACUUGUUUCGAGUUUGACGAAUUUCAAUCUGCUGGUUGGGAGCAAAAAUUAGCUUCAUUAUUGAAACUAGAUAUAGAAAACAAAGAAAACUGA